UAUACUUCAAAAUGGCUACUAACUCUGUUGUGCUGUGUAAUCGUAUGUCCUCAAAAACCUCUCGUUUGAGGCUUGAAGGAGUUGAUUUUAGCGGAAAUGUCUCAAUUUUUAGAAAGAAUAUCUCGCAAAGACUUGAUAUAAAUGCUGAAGAAAUCGAGCUGGUGUAUUGUGGACGUUGUCUCAAAGAUGAAGAUACGGUUACGUCAUAUGGUGUUAGACCUGGGGCAACUGUACAUGUCCUAAAGUCGAACAAGACUGAAUUACCUUCUGCAGUUCAGGCUUUGGACAAUACAGCUGUGCAACAAUGCGUAACUGCUCUUCAGAAUACACUAGAAAACCCAGCAUAUAGACACAUAGUCGAACGGAUGCUCUCUGAUCCGAAAACUUUAGAGAACAUAGUUGCUGCAACUCCUGGGGUUGAUAAAGAUCCAGUUGCCUUGGCGAUGUUGCAAGACCCGGAUACGCUCAGCAUUCUUGCUGACAAGGAUGUCAUGUUAAAAGCUAUAGAAAGUCAUCCAUGUAUGGGACAUGCUGCACAAAUGGUUGCCGCGGCAGUGAAGAAAGAAGUUGCCAAGGGAACCACAAGUUCAUCUAGAGGUACAUAUUCCAUGGAUCAGAUGGAUGAGGAAGAUUUUAUGGGGUCUUCCCGCUCAAGAGGACCCCAACAAGCCAUCACGACAAAUCAACUUGCUGCAGCCCUUGCAAUGGCCAAUAGUAGCAGCAGUAGCAGGCCUACUGAAAGUAUGGACCAAUCAUCUUCCUCUAACUCAACCUCACGGCCUGACAAUUCAUCAGCGUCAGCCAAUCAGAUCACAAACGAUUUCAUCCGCUAUGCUCUUCAGGCUGCAAGUGGAGCUCCACCAGGGGGCAGUACUGAAGCUUCUGCCAUGACGAGAGAAAAUUUACAGUCACAGUUGCAACAGCUACAUGAUAUGGGAAUAAGUGAUGAAGCUACUGCAUUACGGGCGCUCCAAGCCACUGGGGGAAAUGUUCAAGCUGCUCUGGAGUUAAUCUUCGGUGAUGGGACAUUUUAAAAUUCUCAUUCUACAGAUAUUUUUUAAAAAUCAUAUUAUUGACAUUUUGGCAGAGUAUUCAAACAUUUAAACAUGUUACAGAGAUGAAGUAUGAUAGAUUCUUACUUUUUUGAGUUACUUUUAAACUCUUUGGAAGAAAAUUGUAAAUGUAUGGAUUUGUGAACAGAAUAUAAAGAGACCUAUUUGGUGUCCAAAAAAGUGAACCGCUUUUCAACAAGUAUUUUCUAAGCUAGAGAUAAGCCAAAUUAUUUAAAAAUAUGUAUAAAUGAACUAUAGGGUAUUAUUAGCAAAUGCUUUAAAUAUGAAAGAGAUUGGUUUGCAUAUUAUGCGAGUACUGUAUUCUCAAAUCAAAAAUAUCAUGCCAAUACUUCCAAUAUCAUGGAAAAGUCACUUAUUUCAUCUGAAAUGAGCUGUUUUUCUGAGCAGAAUGCUUUUGUGUGUUUUGCCAUUGAUAUCGCCUGCCAUGACAUGAUUGUCCCAUCCUUAUGAAUGUUGGAAGUGGUUCAAUUGUAGCCUCAUGAAUGUUAACACUUGAUAGCAGGCACAAACUCAAUGAAGGUCUCAUUGUUAGCUACUCAUUGUGCAUCUCCGAUAUUGUAUUUUUUCGGACAUGAUUUUUUAAGAUCAUCAUAAAAUACCUAACCGAUCUUUUCAUAUUUGUACAACUUGCUAAUGAUACCCUUAGGCUACGUAAUGAAAAAUUUUGAUUUUAGUAUCAAUUGCCGAGAAAAUACUUGUCAAAAAGUGAUUCACUUUUCUUGGGACACCCGAUAAUAUGUCAUUCUGAGCCCCGGC